UAGAGCUCCCGCUUAAAAAUCCAAUGGAGAGUGGAGGAAGCAGUACUAGCAGGGGUAGAGCAAGAGGAAGAGGCAGCGAUGUCGGCGGAAGCCAGGGCCGACGUGUUGGUGGUUGUGCCCGCGGGGAAGGUAGAGGAAGUGGAGAAAGAGGUAGAGGAAGAGAUGCUGAUGCUGGUGGAGCAAGGGGUAGGGGAAGAUUUGCUGAUGUUGGCGAUAGUGGAGCAAGAAGUAGAGGAAGAGAUGUUGGUGCUAGUGGAGCAUGGGGUAGGGGAAGAGCUACUGAUGCUGGAGUUUCUGCUGAUGGCGAUUGUGGAGCAAGAAGUAGUGGAAGAGAUGUUGGUGCUAGUGGAGCAAGAGGUAGAGGAGGAGAUGCUGGUGUCGGCGGCGUUGGUGGAGCAAGAAGUAGAGGAAGAAAUAGUGCUGGUACAAGUGGAGAUGGUGGUGGUCGCCAUGCUGGAGAUCGAUACCAGCAAAACCAGAAGGAAGAAGAAUAUCCUGCUCUCAGUCCUCUGCGUCCUGGGAAUCAAACGAGGCGUUUGUCUAGCCAAUCUGGUGGUAGUGGCAGUGGCACUGGCAGCCAAUCUAGUGGCGAUCGCGGUCAGACGGAGACACUAUCUUCUCCGAGUCCGAUUAAGUUUGGUCAGGGAUUUUCUAUCCCUGUCGUAGGCAGAGGACGUGGAGUUUGGGGAGGUUCUGGCACAGGGUUGAAGGAACAGUUUCGUCCUGGUACAAGUUCGAAUGCUCCUCUUGAAUCCGAGACACCUUCUUCAGGCCGUGGUGUAGGAAGAGGAGGUGGAGUUUGGGGGAGUGCUCGCAGCGCACUGAAAGUGCGGUUGCCUUCUGGUACAAGUCCGCCUCAUUCGACCGAGCCCGAGACGCCUACUUUGGGCGUAGGAAGAGGUGGAGUUUGGGGGAGUCCUGACAGAGGAUUGAAACCGCUACCUUCUGCUACAAGCCAGCCUACAGCGGUUGAAUCCGAGACUUCUUCUUUAGAUCUCGUUAUUUCUGACAUGCAAAAGACGACAAUCUCAAGUUCGCAGUCUCAACCAUCCGGAAACGCAAACAAUCUAGUUCCAAUAAAACGGCCUCCGCCUAAUAAGGAUGGUGACAAACGAGAAAAAGUUCAGCUCUUCGCCAAUCACUUUCUUGUGACAUUCGAUCCUGAGAUAAGUAUACAUCGCUAUGACGUAAGUGUCUUCCCAAAGGCUGGACGUGAUCGGUCUGUGAAAAUCCCCAAUUCUGAUCUUCGAACGAUCAUAGAGAAGUUACUCAGUGACUAUCCUACAGAGUUACCACCAUGGAAGAAAACUGCCUACGAUGGUCAGAAGAUUCUGUUUUGUGCGGAAGAAGAAAAAAGAAAAGGUGGAAUAUUUCCGGUGGAAGACUACUUAACUGUCAACAUUGUACCAUGCAGUAACAAAGAUUCGAGUCUGCGCAAGUUAGAUGAAUACUUACAUGGACGGCUUCCGUCGAGUGAGAACCUUCGUGAAGUACUACAGGGGUUGGAUUUGGUGAUGAAGGAGAAUCCGGCUAGGAGUAUGAUUUCUUCUGGCCGGAGCUUUUACGACACUCGAGAGUCUAAAAACACCCUGGGCCCGGAUUGUGGGUUUUAUAACUAUGAAGGAUUUCAGCAUAGCUUAAAGCCUACUUCUCAGGGUUUAUCCUUGUGCCUAGACCACUCUACUCUGGCUAUGAGUAAACGUGUGCCAGUUUUGGAGUUCCUGAAGAAACAAAUUACAAGUUUUAAUACAUAUAAUUACUUUUGUUCACCCAACGAUUUCGAGUCCCGUAGAAAAUCAGUCGAGGAAGUGUUGAAGGGAUUGAAAGUUUACGUGACUCACCGUAAAACUAAACAAAAGUUCGUCGUAAAAGGGUUAGCUCCCGAAAUUGCUGAAUGUACUAAGUUUGCUGUUGUUGAUCCAGCUGGUAAGAUUCCUGACAGGGAGGUUGAACUGUUGAAGUAUUUUAAGGAGAAAUAUGGCAUUGAAAUUAAGAAGUCAGCGUUACCAUGCUUGGAUAUAGGGAGAAGCGAUAGACGUAACUAUGUACCAAUGGAGUUCUGUCAAAUUGUUGAGUGGCAAAGGUGUGAUAAACCGAAAGAUGAAGGCAUGAAAAGAGGUAAUGUUAAUUUGAUGAAGCCAGAUAUAAGAGCAGAUAAGAUAGCGAAAAUAGCGCGUUCAACAGAUGGUCCUUACGGUGGAGAAAUCGCUAAAAGCUUUAAAAUUGAAGUCAACACUAGUAUGACCACUGUACGUGGACGUCUCAUUCAGCCACCUGAGUUGAGGCUAGGCAAGAAAGGAAUUAAGAAGAGAAAUAUUUUUCAAUCCGAAAAUUUGGAUUGGAACCUGGUUAGAAGGUCACUAGUGCAAGGAACACGCAUAAAUAAUUGGGUUGUCCUUGACUUCAGCAGUGAAGAACAGAAGCAAGGAAACAAACUACAAUUCACAAAUUUCUUGCCGAAGUUUACAAGGCGAUGCCGAGAAUUGGAUAUAAGUAUAGCGGAAAAUCCGGCAUAUGGAGCAGGAUCAAUGGAAAAUUUCUCUAGCGUGGAAACACUUGGUCAGUUUAUUGAUAUCCAGCUUAAAGCUGCUCGCCCGAAGCUUGAAGGCCCCUUGCAACUUAUUCUUUGUGUAAUGUCUAGAAAAGACCCAGGUUACAAGUAUCUGAAGUGGAUCGCUGAAACAAAAAUAGGUGUUGUGACACAGUGUUGCUUGGCUAAUCGUGCAAACAAAGUAGACGGCAAUUAUCUUGCCAACCUUGCUCUCAAGAUUAAUGCCAAGCUUGGAGGCAUAAAUAUGCAGGUAGAGAUGGAUUGCCAUCUUGGCAUUCUGACUGUUUCAGAGCAUGUAAUGUUUAUAGGGGCUGAUGUCAACCAUCCUGGCUCUCGGAAUACGACCACAAGCCCAUCCAUAGCUGCUGUUGCUGCCUCAAUGAAUUGGCCCACUCCUUACCGCUAUGCUGCAAGAGUGAGAACCCAAGAGUGCCGUACUGAGAAAAUUGCUGAAUUCGCGGACAUGUGUUUGGAGCUUAUUGAAUGUUAUCAACGACUCAAUAAAGUCAAACCAAAGAAAAUUAUCAUCUUCCGUGAUGGGGUCAGUGAGGGCCAGUUCAAUAUGGUUCUCAAUGAAGAGUUAAGUGGUCUGAAAGAAAAACUUGCUCUUCAAAAGUAUCACCCAACUGUCACUCUUAUUGUUGCCCAGAAGCGCCACCAAACUCGUUUGUUCCGUAAGAAUUCCCGUGGAUUAAUGGAUAAUGUUCUCCCUGGCACAGUUGUGGAGGAAACAAUCGUUCACCCAUUUGAGUUUGAUUUCUACCUGUGCAGUCACCAUGGUAGCAUUGGGACUAGCAAGCCCACUCACUACCAUGUCUUGUAUGAUCAGCACAAAUUUACUUCUGUCCAAUUACAGAAGCUCGUCUUUGAUAUGUGUUUUUCCUUGGCUCGCUGCACCAAACCUGUCUCGGUGGUCCCACCGGUGCUCUAUGCCCACCUCGCUGCAUACAGAGGUAGAAAGUACCAGGAAACUGUAGAGACGGUCACUAGGUCGUGCCCCUCACCUUCACUUGUCCAGAAUUCAAUCAAAUUGCACGAUAAACUGAAGGACCAAAUGUUUUUUGUUUGACAGGUUAUGGAAAUGGUGCUCUUCUCCUCUCCCUUUUGGUUGAGGAGAGGUUUGUGCGUGGAGAUAAUGAGUUUGAGUCAAUAAUCUAUCUGAGUAAAGUGAUGAAGGUUUAGGAGUACGUGGUAGGAUAUGGCGCUAGAUGCCGUACGUUUGUGGAUUUGAAUUUUGAACUACAUUCACAUUUAGUUUGUUUAUCCUAAUUUGAUUUUCCUCUGCUGACUUUUAUGUGACUCCUGGGAACCUUUGGUAUUUGUAUUUGGUGCGCUUUAUAGCUUGUUUGCUUCUUUUACUUUAAUGCAUGCAUUAUAUGUGCGUGGGGUCAGAGAGUUGAUUGAGAAUAUGUUUAAAUGUAUUGCCUAAGUUCUGAAGCUAGGUCUAGUACCACCCUGUUGAUCUGUUCUCUCUCUUCGGUAUUUGCAAUUUGGUUGUUAACGUC